ACUUUGCGACAAUGACUUUUAUGCAUCUAUGCUUCGUCGAUAUCGUUCUCCUUCUGGGAGGUUUUUGGGCUGUGGAGGUGGAGGCUUUUCCGCUGUCUGCAGAGGAAGGCAAAACGCUGGUGAUCGAGUGCUCACACAGUAACGCUCAUGGGAACAUCAAAUAUUUCUGUAAAGACCCAUGUGAUUACAGGGAUGUUUUAAUAAUGAGCCGACAGAAGGAUCAAAACAGAAGGUACAGCAUAAACGACACUGGGAACACCUUCUACGUGACCAUCUCAGGCUUGACCAAGGAGGACUCUGGUGUAUACUGGUGUGGGGUGGAGCGAGUGGGCAAAGAUACAUACAACUAUGUGUCCAUCACUGUCACACCAAGUACAUUUGAGAACUCACCAAAUGCAUCCCUGCAGAACAGAACAUCUAUUGAGAAGCUGCUGUACAUCGGAAUGGGCCUGGGUGCUCUACUGUUUAUUCUAUUAAUCGCUGGUGUAAUUUUCAUCAAACACAGACGUCGAGACAUCAGCAAACCAAUGGGAGAUAAUACCCUGACUGACCCAUUUAGAUACCAUCAGAGACAGUUCAAGGACACGACUAUAGUUUGCUCAGCCAAUCAGAGCUCAGAACCAGACCUGUUGACCGCAGAGCAUGACAGGGGCAGCAUCCAGGAACCCACAAGUGACAUUUAUGCCAAUGUCCAAACAGUCGAAGAGGGCUACUCCUCCGUGCGCUUCACCAAACACAAGAACAGGAUCACAUGCACAGAUUCAGAGUCUACUGUUGUCUACAGUCCAGUGAACACAGCCUGAUUUUUGUUCCUGAUGAAUGAAGAUUAUGUAGCCUAUUUAAACUUACAAAUUCUGUAUACAUUAAUAUAUUAUCUGAUGUUAUAUGUUGUUGUAUUUUUGUGCUGCUAACAUGAUGUAUUACUUGUUUCUAAUCUUAAAGGUAGGCCUAGAAGUAACCUUUCACCAAAAUGGACACAUGUUUAGUGAUUAGGUUAAGUUAAAAGGUGUAUUUAUGAUCAAAAUAAA